AUGGGCAAGAAGUUUUACGGCCUCAAGGGCACAAAGCUCAACAUCGCUAUUGCCGUUGUUGCGGGUACUGAUUUCGCCCUCUUUGGAUAUGAUCAGGGUGUCAUGGGUGGUCUGCUCACGUUGAGCUCUUUUCUAAGAUACUUUCCCGAAAUCGACACCGCAAACUCACCUGGAGGUAAUGCCAGCCAUACUGCGACAAUCCAGGCCAUUACCGUUGGUGCAUACACACUAGGAUGCUUCUUCGGCGCUGUGGCCACCAUCUGGCUUGGCAACAUGCUCGGGCGCAAGAAGACAAUCUUCAUUGGCAGCUGUAUCAUGAUCGUUGGUGCUGCUUUGCAGACUUCAGCGUUUGGCCUGGCCCAAUUGAUCGUCGGACGCUGGAUCACUGGAUUCGGCAACGGCAUGAACACUAGUACGGUUCCCACAUGGCAGUCUGAGACAUCAAAACCCCAUAGACGAGGACAAAUGGUCAUGAUCGAAGGCUCGCUCAUUGUUUUCGGUGUCAUGCUGAGUUACUGGCUUGAUCUGGGCUUCUCCUUCCUCGAGCCGAGUUCCAUCGCCUGGCGCUUCCCCAUCGCCUUCCAGAUCAUCCUCGCAAUCUUCAUCCUCAUCUUGAUUCCCGGACUACCUGAGAGUCCCCGUUGGCUCGUACUGAAGGGGCGAGAUGACGAAGCUUGGGAGGUGCUGGCUGCGUUGAGCGACCUUCCAAAAGAAGACAAGAAGAUUGUCGCAGAACUCCAGGCUGUCAAGGAUGUUGUGUUCGAGAUGUCAAGAGGCGGAUUCAGGGAGUGCUUCAAGACCAACCGCAACAGGAACUUCCACCGCACCGUGCUAGCCUAUGUGAACCAGAUGUUUCAGCAGAUCUCAGGCAUCAAUCUGGUCACAUACUACGCAGCAACAAUUUUCGAGAACUCCAUCGGCCUCUCACCUUUCAUGAGUCGCCUGCUAUCCGCUUUGAACGGCACGGAGUACUGGAUCGCAUCAUGGAUUGCCAUCUUUACGAUCGAACGAUUUGGACGCCGUGCACUUAUGUUGUUUGGCGCUGUGGGCAUGAGUAUCACCAUGGCUAUCCUCGCAGGAGCUACCAGCAACAUUGAAAACAAGGCCUGCGGUCUCGUCGCCACCGUCAUGCUUUUUGUCUUUAACUCCUUCUUCGCUGUUGGAUGGCUGGGCAUGACCUGGCUCUACCCUGCCGAAAUCACACCACUUUCAAUCCGUGCCCCUGCCAACGCAAUUUCCACCACAGCCAACUGGGCCUUCAACUUCAUGGUGGUGAUGGUGACGCCUGUGGCCUUCGCCAAUAUUGGAUAUCAGACAUACAUCAUCUUUGCGGUCAUCAACGCCGCUAUAGUACCCAGUGUGUACUUCUUCUUCCCUGAAACCGCCGGCCGUUCCCUCGAGGAAAUGGACGAGAUCUUCCACAAGACCACAAACCCGUUCAACUGUGUGCAGAUCGCAAAUGACUUGCCGCAUCGUUUCGAUAGGCACGGUAAUUUGCUCGUAGACUACAACGACACAGAGGAGGCAAGAGAUGUUGAGAGGAGGAGGAGCUCAGUCACUGGCGCGUCGCCAGGUAUAUUUAAAGCGGAACUAGACUCGAGGGAGCAUAACGAAAAGGUCUGA